AAGGUGGAGUCAUGUAACACAAACUCCUGUAACCGAUCUGAAGAGGCGGAGGACGGACGACAACUUCUUCAAUUAUUCACAAGCACAGUAAAAUAGCUUUACACAUCUAUCCAGCGGGGGGAUUUUCUUGUGACUAAGCUUUGUUAGAAGGUUUAGUUGUCGUUUUUUUUUUUUUUUAAAUCAGUGGUUAUAAUAGUUUCUUGUGAGAUGGCUGCCACGAACUGUUGCUGUUAGAUGGAGAUUUGAGGAACGGAGGUUGCGGACUGGAUCACGGAUUUGACGGCCGCGUAUCCGCUUUAAAAAAAAAACAAUCGGACAUUAAGAAAACAUGGACUCCUUCAGCACAAAGAACCUGGCCCUGCAGGCCCAGAAGAAGCUCAUGAGCAAGAUGGCUACCAAGACAGUAGCUAACCUGUUCAUCGAUGACACGAGCAGUGAGGUGCUGGAUGAGUUGUACCGUGUUACCAAGGAGUACACACGCAACCGCAAGGAAGCACAGAAGAUAAUCAAGAACCUCAUUAAGAUUGUGGUCAAAUUGGGCGUGCUGUACCGUAAUGGGCAGUUCAGCAGCGAGGAGCUUCUGCUUGUCGACCGCUUCCGCAAAAAGGUGCACACGCUGGCCAUGACUGCAGUCAGCUUCCACCAGAUCGACUUUACCUUUGACCGACGUGUCAUGAGCAGCCUCCUGAACGACUGCCGUGAGCUGCUGCACCAGGCCAUCAACAGGCACCUCACAGCCAAAUCGCAUGCCCGUGUCAACCAUGUCUUCAACCACUUCUCCGACUGCGACUUCCUGGCAGCUCUCUACAGUCCCUCUGAGGUGUACCGCGGCCACUUGCAGAGGAUCUGUGAUGGUGUGAAUAAAAUGCUGGACGAAGGCAACCUUUGACCCCUUGUUUUUGUCUCUGAGCUCUUGUUAUUUUGUUGGGUUUUUAUUGUAUGUGAAUAUUUUCACAUUUAUAUUUUUGUGUUUUUUGUUAUGCCACACCCAGCCUCAACUUCAUCAACGCUCUUUCUGACUCAUUCUUUUAUGUGGGCAGAACAGCUGCAUGUUUUCCACAACAAUACAACACACUUGGUUAAAGCCAUUAAAAGAAGAGCGCAACCCAGACUUUAAAAACUCACUUAUAUCUGGAAGGAUUAAUCAGGAGUGCUGGUUGAGAUUUAAUAUUGAAGUAGUACAUUGGACAUGUUUUUCUGAAGUUGCUUUCUUCUUGACGAGAAGAUCAGUUUUAUAAUGUGCAAUUUCAUGCACUAUGAUAAUUAAGCCGAAGGAGAUUUUACAGUUUUUCCUCUAGCAUUAGAUUGAGGUUUACGUUGUAUGCUUUCAUAUGCUGGCUAGAAAAAUAAUGCGUCAGCUCCAAUUGUCCUCAAAAGUCCAAUGUAAGCAAUCUCUCAAUGCAAAUGUUUUUAGCCUUUUCACGUUUUAAUACCCGUGCGAGUCAUGUGAGAAUGCAGGAAUAGAAUUGAGCUUUAUGUGGUCACCAAACCGGUUUAGUGAAGUCUGAAAUGGUCAUGUAUCAGCAAGUCAUGGUCAUUUUUUUUGUUCGAUUUUUUUUUUUUUUUUUUAUGGUGGAUGACCUUUUCACCCUGAUGCAGUUCCUCUGUGGGAAUGAAGGCAAAAUGAGCAUGUUUUCCUGUACUACUAUUUCAUAACUUUUGUUUUUAUAUUUUUAUUACUGAGCCCUUUUGUUAUACUUUUUGUGUGUGUAUGUGGCUGUCACUACAGUCACCUCCAUGGCUCUGAUUAAUACACAGUAAAAAU